AUGGGUCAACAGCAGGAGCAGAUACAAGAUCUGCGCAAGCAGAUGGGUCGCGUCAUUGCAGCGUUCUGGAUGUCGAAGGACGACGAGCAACGCGACCAGCUCCUAGAGCAGAAGAGAGAAAUUCAGCAGCAGAUCAAGGCGCUCGUUAGAGGCGGAGAGUCAACUCAAGUCGAGACGUCUAGCCAGCAAAACAAAACCUCGGACGCACCUACCGCGGCGACCACUGCACCAAGCAACGCCAAGCCAGAGGAGGUUGAGAAGCAGGACAGCGAAACGACGUCGCAGGAAUCUGCUACCACCAAAACCGCCGCGGAUGUAGCUAGCUCGCAGACCGGCCAGCCGAAGAAGCGCGUGAGUCGCUUGGAGAGAGAAGCUGCAAAAUUGGUGGCCACGUCUGGAAAUAGCGAAGAGAUGGAUAAUGCACCACGGAAGCGCGUCCAAAUGGGUUCAUACGCGGUUAAGGACCCGGAGCCUAAGAAGAGGCGACGGAAUCCUAAGCAGGGCAGCCCCUGA